AUGUCUCAUUCCAAGCAGCCCAGGAGCCAAGGGAAAAGGAAAGACGGCAAGAAUAGGCCCAGAGGAGGAGCCAGAGGAGGAGCGGAGAGCUCCAUGGGAGACCCUUUCGCUCUCUCGGAAGAGCGUCUGGCAUCGCUUGAUCUAGAGGGUGGCUUGAAUCAACGCGUGGACGGCGCUCUGCACAGGUCAGCAGCGCGCCAGCUCAUCCAGGCAUGCCAGGCGGCGCUGCCACGUCAGCGCAAGCAAGCGGCUUGUUCUUUACAGUCCAACCGGGUACUGUGUAUAGAAUGCAGCAUGGUGGCGUGGACACCCAAUUCCGCCCCCACGCCUCCUCCUCACACCACUUAUCCUCCCCCUCGCUCGGAUGCACCAUCACUAUCCACAGCCACUCUCUCUUCUACUCAGUUUUCUCGGAACAAGACUAAGGGCAGGGGUGGUGGAACGGGAACUGGAGCUUCUUGGGUAGCCAGCGUGCCUCUGGUGGUUCUUCUGCCGCAGCUGGCAGGGCGUGUAAAGCAGGCUGUGAGGCCGUGGAGGGGCGUGAUGCAGCAGACAGAUGUGAGUUGCCAAGCAGGGGUGGCAGCAGCGGCAAUGGCAGCGGCGGUGUCGGCGGUGGUGGAAGCAGUGCAGCAGCGAGGUUCUUUGGCCGAAAGUGUCGUGUGA